CCCUGACUCACUAUUUUAGGGUAGAGAAGCAUGUGGUGAUGCCUUUGCCUUAGGGCUCUUACCACUACUCUUCGCACCACUCUCUUUUUUCCCCUAUCGCUUUCUGCAUCUCUUCUUCUUCUUCAAUGGCGAUGGAAUCAUCGUAGCGGGUGAGAUUUUUGGUGUUGUCUUCUCUCGUGACUCUGGUGAGUUUUGUGAUUUAACACAAAGCCCUAACUUUUUCGGGGAAUUGGCGGGGGUUGUGAAACGAUAGAGGAUUUUGCUGUCGAAUGCGUGCAAGUGUUGGGUAUUUGGUGUGAUUCGGAUUAGGAUUCGGGCGGGAUUUGUUGGGGGAUGGUGGCUGCUAUGGGCGGGAGAGUAGAGCGGCGUGGGAGGAAACGCAGAAGGAAUGAUGUGCAGAGUGUGGAGGCGGAUCAGGAUGGGAAGAAACGGAUGGUUGGUACGAGGUCCAAGGUGCUGGUAGGGAGAUAUGUUAGUAAGGAGUUUGAGGGCAGCGGGAUGUUUCUGGGGAAGAUAAUGAGUUAUGAUUCUGGGUUGUAUAGGGUGAAUUAUGAAGAUGGGGAUUGUGAAGACUUGGAUAGCAGUGAAUUAAAGGGGGUUUUGAUAGAAGAAGAUGCAUUGGAUGGUGAUUGGUUCGAGAGGAAGAAGAAAUUAGAUAAGUUGGUAUCCAGCAAAGAGGUAACCACAACUGAUUGCAGUCUUCCAACUGAUGUAGCUAUUGAGACGACAGCACCCCCGUUGACCAACUUAGGAGGUGCUGAUCCUUAUAAAGUUGAAGCUGGGCAAGUAGAUGAUAAUGCUGAAUCUAUGAGUGAUUUAUCUGAAGAAGAUGAGGUGCUGGAUUUGAUUUCAAAUGUAGAGACACCUGUUAUCCCACCCCCAGAACUCCCUCCUUCCUCAGGGAAUAUUGCUGUUCCAGAGGAGUUUGUGUCAUAUCUUUUCUCAGUAUAUAGCUUUUUGAGGUCAUUUAGUAUCCAGUUAUUCUUGAGUCCCUUUGCACUGGAUGAUUUUGUGGGCUCACUGAACUGUCAUAGUCCGAAUACAUUGCUUGAUUCUGUUCAUGUUGCUUUAAUGAGGGUUUUGAGGCGUCAUAUUGAAAAACUGUCAUUGGAUGGUUCUGAGCGCGCAUCAAAAUGUUUAAGGAACCUGGAUUGGAGCUUGCUUGAUUCAAUGACUUGGCCAAUUUAUCUGGUCGAGUAUCUAAUGAUUAUGGGAUACAUAAAUGCACCUGUUUGGAAAGGAUUUAGUGCUCACAUUUUAGAGAGGGAAUAUUAUUCUCUUUCUGUUGGGCAGAAGCUGAUGGUUUUGCAGAUCUUGUGUGAUGACGUCUUAGAUUCUGAAGAAGUAAGAGCAGAAAUGGACAUACGUGAAGAAUCAGAAUUUGGAAUGGAUUCAGAUGGGACUGCUGUUGCCCCUAUGAGUGGACCAAGAAGGGUUCAUCCUAGGUACUCUAAAACAUCUGCUUUUAAGGAGCAAGAGAGUAUGGAGAUUAUUGCAAAAGAUCAUGAUAUGAGGUCAUCUCAUAAUGCUAGUUCUUUGAGUUCAAAAGUUAGUUCAACAGAUGCUGGUACUGAUGUGGAUCAUGAUGGUAAUGGUGAUGAAUGUCGUCUCUGUGGCAUGGAAGGAACUUUGCUUUGCUGUGAUGGAUGUCCAUCAUCUUACCAUCCAAGGUGCAUAGGGGUUUGCAAAAUGUAUAUACCAGAUGGAAACUGGUACUGCCCUGAAUGCCGAAUUAAUGAACUGAGACCAACACCAAUAAGGGGAACAUCUUUAAAAGGAGCAGAAUUGUUUGGUGUUGAUUCUCAUGGACAAAUCUUCUUGGGUAGUUGUGAUCAUUUACUUGUGUUAAAGGAUUCAACUAACUCAGAGACUUGCUUCAGAUACUACAAUGAAAAUGAUAUUUCUAGAGUACUCCAAGCACUUAAUACAAAUGUGCAACAUCAUGCCUUGUAUUCAGAAAUAUGCAAGGGGAUUAGAGAGUUCUGGGGAAUUCCAUCCAAUGUCUUGCCUCAUACCAUAGUAACUGAAGUUGGUACAGGAAUAACAAACAGAAUAGAAGAUAGUGGUUGUUCUGUAGCAUCACUCGAGAAUAUUGCCAGUUGUGCAUCUGAGAUAAGUUUAGAAAAUACAAACUUUCAUAAGUAUCCAAAGGAAUUGAUGCUGAAUGAGGCUUCAGGUAGAAUAGUCCAUCCUGAUAAUGGCAAUUUCACUGUAAGACAGGCUAGUGAGCAUAUGAAUUCUGUGCCACUUAAGCAGAUUCCAGGAAGACCUACUGUCUGUGCUGGCUCAGUUAGCCAAAAGGUUGAUUUUCCUAGGCAGACUCAGAAAGAAAACACAGUUUUGAUAGAAACUGCUUCAUGUACCUCAAGAAACAGUAGCAACUGCAUAGGAUAUGAUAGUGUUCAUGGUCUUGGAGCAGUGCUUUCUGAAAGAUGUUAUAAAAAUUCUACUGAAGGUGGGUUAUACACUGGCUCUUCCUUCAAAGCUCAGGGAUAUGUAAAUAAUUAUCUACAUGGAGAUUUUGCUGCAUCUGCUGCUGCUAAUCUGGCAAUACUUUCUUCUGAAGAGAACCAGUCUUCUGAGUCUCUUUCUUUAGAGAAGCGCCGGAAACUUAUGUCUGUUGAUAUUCAACUUCAGACAAAAGCUUUCUCAUCAGCAGCAACACGCUUUUUCUGGCCAAAUAUUGAAAAAAAACUUAUUGAAGUUCCUAGGGAAAGGUGUAGUUGGUGUCUUUCUUGUAAAGCUCCUGUGGUUAGUAAAAAAGCAUGCUUGCUAAAUGCAGCUGCAUCAAAUGCAACUAAAGGGGCCAUGAAGAUACUUGCUACUGUUCGUCCUGCAAAGAGUGGAGAUGGAAAUCUUCCUGGCAUUGCCACAUAUAUAAUAUUGAUGGAGGAGAGUUUAAGGGGUUUAACAGUUGGUCCCUUUCUAAGUGCAGCUUUUAGAAAAAAUUGGCGCAGACUAGCAGAAGAAGCUACAUCUUGCUAUUCUAUAAAGUCUCUUUUACUUGAACUCGAGGAAAACAUACGCACGGUUGCUCUUUCUGCUGACUGGGUCAAGCUUGUUGAUGGUUGUUCAUCUGAAUCUUCUGUCUCCCAGACUGCAUCAAGUGUUACUGGAUCAACUCAUAAGCGUAAACCAGGGAGGCGUGGUAGAAAGCCUUCUGCUGUUUCUGUUGUCGCUGCUGAUGAAGGCCAGGGUGUGUUAACAGACUACACUUGGUGGAGAGUAGGCAUGCUAUUAAAGUUUAUGUUUCAAAGAGGGACAUUACCUAAAACUUUGGUGAAUAAAGCAGCGCGUCAAGGUGGCAAAAGAAAAAUACCUGGCAUAUAUUACAGCGAGGGGUCUGAAACUCCAAAAAGAAACAGACGGCUGGUAUGGCGAGCUGCAGUUGAUAUGUGUAAGACUGCAUCACAGCUUGCACUUCAGGUGAGAUACCUUGAUAUGCAUGUGAGGUGGAGUGAUCUUGUUCGUCCUGAACUAAGUGUUCAGGAGGGAAAAGGUCUGGAGACUGAAGCAUCUGCUUUUAGAAAUGCUUUUAUAUGUGAUAAAGCAAUGGUUGACAAUGAAAUAAGAUAUGGUGUUGCGUUUGGAAAUCAGAAACAUCUCUCUUCACGUGUCAUGAAGAGUGUUAUUGAGAUAGGGCAAAGACAGGAUGGAAAGGAAAAGUAUUGGUUCUCUGAGUCACGUAUUCCUCUGUAUCUAAUCAAAGAGUAUGAAGCUACGUUAGUUAAAAAUCUUCCAUCUCCCAUUGACAACCCCAUGAAUGCAUUUUCUAAGUGGUCAAAAAAAUCAUCAAAGACAUUCCGUGGAGAUAUAUUCUCUUAUCUCACUUGGAAGAGAGAUGGUAAUGAUAAGCAUUCCUGUGCUUCUUGUCAAACAGAUGUACUGUUAAGGAAUGGCAUUAAAUGCAGUGUGUGCGAAGGUCUUUGUCACAAGCAGUGUACAACCAGUUCAAUGCUUAAAAUAAAUGAAGAUGUUCAAUGCAUAAUCACUUGCAAACACUGUUACCAAAACAGUUCUGUUACUCGAUGUGCAAUUAGUAACGAAUCUCCAACUAGCCCUCUUCUUUUGAAAGGGCAAGAUUUUUCAAAUGUUGAUACAGUCCGCAAAGGGGGAGUGCUUGGCAGCUCUAAUCGGCUUUCAGUGUCAACUGGAGGCAAUGGACGCUCUUCUGGAGUGAAACAAACUAGCUCUGCAAAUUCAAAAGCAAAAACAAAGAGUUGGGGUGUGAUUUGGAAGAAACCAAAUGCAACUGACACUGGUGCUGAAUUUAGAAAGAAAAACAUUCUUAGAAAGGGCGAUCCCAUAGAUGGGUCUGGACCAGAUUGCCAUCUCUGCCGUAAAGCAUAUAAUUCUAAUCUGAUGUACAUCCACUGUGAAACAUGCCAAAAUUGGUAUCAUGCAGAUGCUCUUGAACUUGAGGAGUCAAAGAUAUCGAAUGUGGUGGGGUUCAAAUGCUGUAGAUGUCGCAGGAUCAGAAUACCUAUUUGUCCUUACUUAGAUCCAGAUAGCAAAAAACAGUUGACAGAAAAGAGGAUCCGUUCAAGACCUUCAAAGGUUGAUGAUCUAGGAAUGGACUCUGAUUCUGGGAUAAUCUCGGAGAAAUAUCAAGAGGAAGAGCCUUCGACUCCUAUGGUUCACCUAAAGGAGGAAAUUGCUUCUAUCGUGGAUGAUUUCCAUUCUCUUUCAUCGAUGGAGAAAAUUACUAAACAAAAUCCAGAAGCUUAUUGUGAAAACACUGCAUCAUUAUCUGGACGGGGGCCUAAAAAAUUGACAAUCAGGAGGCAUGUAAAGCAUGGAAACUACUUGGAUUCUGCUUUUGCAAACAAUCCUUCAAAUGAUUAUUCUUCAACGAAUUUUGGGGAAAAUACGAUGUGCUCCACUGGAGAAGUGAUUACUCCUUGUGUUGAUUGGGGUGCCAAACUUCCAGUCAGAAGAAGGCCUAUGAAGUCUGAUGAUCCAGACUAUUCCUUUGCUGAUCCUCAAGUUGAAUUACCCACCAAUCUUGGAGUUGAAUGGAAUACUUCAACAAAUGGCUGUGAAGAUGGUGCGGUUCUUAAUUGUGAUGGUCUCAGCUAUGAGGAUAUGGAAUUCGAACCUCAAACCUAUUUCUCAUUCAACGAGUUGCUUGAAUCUGAUGAUUGUGCACCAUUUGAUGGGGGAUCUGGGAAUGUUACUGAGAAGUGGGAAAAUGCAUCUGAGCUUCCACUUGAUGAAAUGUCUAAUAUUCUUAACGCUGGGGAUGUGCCUUUGAUUCCUGUAGAAUCUGAUGCUCCUGCAGUUGUUCCUUGUAUGAUGUGCUCCCAUACAGAUCCAAGCCCUACUCUUUGUUGUCAGACCUGUGGCAUACAAAUCCACGGUCACUGUUCUCCUUGGGUUGAACAACCAUCUACAGAAAGUAUCUGGAGAUGUGGUAACUGUCGCGAGUGGAGAUAACAGAACACAUCAAUGCAAAGUACACUUUGAUCUUAUAGAUCUAGAAAAGCCAACACCAUUUUGGAAGCUGGAAGAUCGGUAGUGAAUAUGUGAUUAUAUUAACAGGCUUGGAGUAGACAUAGAGCACUCUAUUGAGAAGAAAAACUUCAAUGGGGCAAGAUUCAUAUGAUGUCUUCCCGGAGGCAACACAGGUUAAUUCUAAUGCUUGUGAAUUUCUUCAUUUAAUCUCAGAUUUGCCCUCACAAAUUUGUUAUUGAUGUUCCAAUUGUGGUCGGGUUGAUUGAUUGAUGGGGAAAGAUCUUAGAAGUUGUGAUGUCUAAAACCUGAUCAUACAGAUGAGCAAUGUUUUUUGGGAGCUUGUCUGGUAUUUGUGGCUGUAUGAAGCAGACGGUCGUUACUUUCUUUUUUUCCUUUUUUUUUUUUUUUUUUGGGUGGGGAGUGGAGAUGUCGAAAUAGGGUCGGAUGGAGGCUUGGAAACUACUGAAUACAGGGUUCCAUCAUUUUAUGCCUUUUCAUUUUUUAAAAUAUUUUGAUGGAAUAUGCUAAAACUGUCCUUGCCAAAAAAAAAAAAAAUUCAAUCAAAAAUUCAAAAUACACGAAAGUUUCAUGUAUCUCAACCGUGUGCUAUUGUAUAUUGCUUUACAGUACCUGAUACUUUUAACUUUUUCUGUAUGCAACUAUGGGUGUUUCUUGUACGUUUGUAUCUAUCUGUAUCUACACAUCACAGUUCACAAAGAUAAUGCAUAAAUGUUGUCGAUGUUA